UCUUUGACACUGUUAUCGGUCCAGAAAUUUCUUCACCUCGUUUUCUCACUUCACCUUGCUGUGAAGUUCAUCGUCAAAUCCUGAGGCGGUCAAUGCAUUUGAGGUAAGCCACUUACUUAUCGCCAUUUUGUUUUUCCCCCAUUACGACAGUUUCUAUUUGGUUCCUGAGAAACUGCCGCGAAAAUCUAGUGCUCUUUGUCUCAUUUCUCAGUUUGCUGAACCUACGAGAACAUGCAUAAAUGUUCGACUGUUUUUUUCUUCUUGCCGAUUUUUUCGGUGUUGUGGUGUAUUCUGACACGUGGUGAUUUGAUCGCUCGGAUUUUUGUGCGAGUAAACAGGAUUUGGAAUAAUUUUUCUUUUGUCGAAUCGGAUUUAUGUCCAUUGGCUUUGUAUUUUAUCGUAAAUGUAUUAAACUUUUGUUCUGUGAUUUUCGAGAUCAUGCACAUCUUGUUGUGAAUGUAUGAUUCGAUUAUAUUUGGAUUUCUGGAUUCGCAUUAAGCUGUGUGAUCCUAUUUUGUUGGCUGUGGACUUGUGAUCGAUCAGGGAACAAAAGAUGAAGAUCUUAUCUUAGCGAGCACUAGCAAGAAUGUUGCGAUAACAGUGUAAGCACUACAUGGAUGAGUUUUUGCUUCAAAUCGUGUUAUUUUCUCUCUUACUGUAACGAUUGUUGGUCGUAUUUAAGACAAUAUGUAAGACAAGUACCAGAAGUGAUGAGAUAGAGGGAAAAUGUGGAAUGUUAUGGAUUUCUUUCUUUUCUGGAACAUCGAACCCCAUUGUACUAACUAGUAACUAUGUAUAUAGUAAGUUUCUUCAGUUCUGAAGUUUGCAAGGAACGACGGUAGGGUAAUGUAGGACGAAAGGAGUAAAGAAACUUAAAAACCAAAUUAUUUUACCUGGAGAAAUAACUACGUGUGAAUCAAGAAAUGCUGUAUGAUUCUAUCCUCCUUCCCAUGGCAGGAUUUUUGUCUCUGACAAUAAGUGAAUUGAGAUGAAUAUUAUGAGGAAAAGGGAGUCAUUACCUUUGAGGUUGGUGGAAUCAACAAUGGCACUUAAUGCUGCUUCACCAGGCAUUAGCUCUGGACUGAUGCGGCAUUUAUUACUUUCUUGCUCUUUUCUUUCUUUUCGUGAGAGCAUUUUAGAGGAAUUUAUCCACAGCUAAAUGAUUCUGUAUUAGAACCAUAUCACUCUCACGAGCCACAACUGUAUUCCAACGGGCACCACCUCGCUGAAAAGAGACCCACUAAUCUCUGGUGAUAGUGGGAAUACGUUUGUUCUGGAUAUUGUGAAUGAUUCAAAGAGGGUAUGGAAGUCAAGGAUGUUGAAAUGAGGGAUCGCACCCUAACUCCAGCUAGGCUGUUCAGGGGUCUGUUGUGCUUACUGGUGCUUCUUUUAACAGCAUUUAUGAUGUUAGUAUUCUAUGGUUUUAUCAGUGCCAUUUUUGUUCGAGUAUUCAGCAUACAUUAUAGUCGAAAAGCUACUUCCUUCUUCUUUGGUUCUUGGUUAGCUGUGUGGCCUUUUCUGUUUGAGAAAAUUAACAAAACGAAAGUUAUUUUUUCUGGAGAAAUGGUCCCAGCAAGGGAGCGUGUCUUGAUUAUUGCAAACCAUAGAACAGAAGUUGAUUGGAUGUACCUGUGGGAUCUUGCAAUACGAAAAGGACAACUAGGGUACAUAAAGUAUAUACUCAAGAGCAGUUUGAUGAAGCUACCAGUAUUUGGCUGGGGAUUUCACAUAUUAGAGUUCAUCUCUGUGGAAAGAAAAUGGGAGGUUGAUGAAUCAACAAUGCGCCAAAUGCUUUCAACUUUCAAGGAUGACCAUGAUCCCUUAUGGCUUGCCCUUUUCCCUGAAGGCACAGAUUUCACUGAACAGAAGCGCAUUCGAAGUCAAAAGUAUGCAGCAGAAAAUGGUUUGCCCAUCUUGAAAAACCUGUUGCUUCCCAAAACAAAGGGCUUCCAUACGUGCGUACAGGAUUUGAGGCAAUGUCUAGAUGCAGUUUAUGAUGUGACCAUCGGUUACAAACAUCGGUGCCCCUCUUUAUUGGACAAUGUCUUUGGUUUAGAACCUUCUGAAGUUCAUAUACACAUCCAACGCAUUCCUAUUGACAACAUUCCAACUACAGAAAAUGAAGUUGCCAAUUGGCUAAUGGACACAUUCAGCAAUAAGGACCAAUUACUUGACAAAUUUCAUUCUCAAGGUCAUUUUCCCCAUGAAGGAACUGAAGGGGAUCUCUCAACCAUGAAGUGUCUUGUUUCCAUCACCACUCUAAUGGUCCUAACCUCCUUAUCUACAUACUUAACCUUUUUUUCAUCCAUCUGGUUCAAAAUCUAUGUAUUAUUCGCCUGUUCCUAUCUGGCCUUCGCUACCCGUUUCAACAUUCGACCAAUGCCAAUUUUCCGCCGUAAAAAAAUCGUCUUGAAACUUGAUUGAUCGAAGGGAGCGGAUGUGUAGUAUUAAAAAAUGUAUUACAAGACUAUAUAGACUACGGUUUAAAUAUGUAAUAUCAAAGGAUAUUAUCUUCAAUUUUGCAAGUUU